AUGACGACUUCUUCAUCUAAACUUCAGCAUCAAAGUUGGACGAAAUCACCAUAUUUCGUUUCGACCGACCCAAAUCUGAUUCCCAUCUCGACAUUGAAUGGAUGGUUUGCUACUGAAGAAGUGUAUUGGGCCAAUCCAAUUCCUGCCCGGGUACUCCGGGAAGCGCUUCACAACUCCCUCUGCUUUGGUUUAUACAAAUCAAAUGAUCAAUCACCUGAAAGUAGUGAGGCAAGCCCCAAUGACCCUGAGUUUAUCGGCAUUGCGCGAUGCAUCACAGACUUCACAACGUUCAUUUACCUAACCGACGUUUUCAUUUUGCCACUUUACCAAGGCUAUGGGUUGGGGACAUGGCUCGUGGAAUGUGUGCAAGAGGUUAUUGAAACCAUGCCUUACUUGAGGCGCUCUUUGCUAUUUACAGAGGACUGGAAACGAUCUGUUCCUUUCUAUAAGAAGCUGAUGGGAAUGGAGGUCCACCAAUACCAGGUACCAACUGAUGAACGUGAGGGUCAAGGGCUGGCUGUCUUAAUGCGCAAGGGCAAAGGGAAUCCCAGCUAUAAAGAGAAGCCAAAGUCAUGUAAUUAG